AUGUGGUCAUCGGUUAUUGAAGUGCUUGAACAUGUGUAUGAAGAUGGUACUAAUCCGGAUAAUAGAGGCAUAUCAAAAACAUUGAGUAUAAGGCUUGGGAGCUAUGACUUUGUGUUUAUUUUACACUUGAUGAUAGAGUUGCUUGGGUCAACAAAUGAUUUGUCAACAGUUUUGCAACUAAGGGAUCAAAAUAUAAUUCAAGCUCUAUCUUUGAUUGAUACAACUAAAAGGACUUUAAAAGACUUUAGGGAGAAUGGAUGGAACCAAUUCCUGAGACAAGCUGAAGAGUUUUGUCUGACUAAUUCCAUUGAUGUCAUCAAUAUGGAUGAUACCGUCAAGUUUGGUGCGCGAAUGAAGCGAGGCAAACGCGUUACUAAUUAUCAUCACUACAAGGUGGAGGUUUACUGUCAGGUUCUUGAUUUACCUAUUCAAGAGAUGGAAAAUCGUUUCCCAGAAAUGAAUUCAGAAAUGCUUAUUUGCAUGAAUUGCCUUAGUCCAAGAAACUCCUUUGCUAGCUUCAAUAUCGACAAGUUGGUCCGUCUCGCAGAACUUUAUCCUGAUGAUUUUUCGUGCACUGAAUGUUUGACUCUUCCCUAUCAACUUAAAACUUAUAUCAGUGAUAUAGUUGAUAAAGGCGAAUUCUCCAAUAUUGAAGAUUUGGGAAAUCUAGCAAAGAUUUUGGUUGCUACCACAAAAGAUCAAGCUUUUCCCUUGGUGUACCAUUUGAUUGAGUUUGCUCUGAUCCUUCCUGUUGCGAUAGCUUCUGUCGAGAGAGUAUUUUCUUCGAUGAAACUUAUCAAGACUGCUUUGAGAAAUAGAAUGGGAGACGAUUGGAUGAAUGAUAUCUUGGUUGUAUAUACUGAGAGGGAAAUUUUUAACAAAAUUGAAAAUGAUGACAUUCUUCGACGGUUUCAAGAAAUGGCGACACGUAUCAACUAG